AUGCCGUCGGCUGAAGCAGACAAGGUGAAGUCAUCAUGGGUGGCCGAGAUGGAAGACGAGGCGGAGGACACCUCCGAUAGAAAGGUGGAGAUCCGCGACAACACCAAAACAAUCUCCGAAAUCACCUAUGUUGACGGCGAAAAAGUCAAGCUGGUGCGACACUUUCGCAUUGAGAAGCGCAAGGUGACCAAGGAGGCCGCCGUGAGGAAGACUUGGAAAAAGUUUGGUCAGUCGGCCAAUGACGGACCAGGACCGAACUCGGCGACCACUAUUCCCUCCGAUGAUGUUCGUAUGGAGUUUCUCCUGGCUAAGGAGGAAGAGCAACAGGAGCAGGAACAGGUCAACAGCUUUGGCGGCAACCAGAACGUUCAGUGUCGUAACUGCGGUCUCAACCACUGGACCUUGCAGUGUCCCUACAAGAACCAGCUCAACGCUCUCAACAAGCUUGGCGACAACUCUGAUCUGUCAAAGGAUGACCCGAGACUGCGUAAGCCAGGCAUGCUUGGCGCACUCGGCAAGCGAGGAAUGGAAAUGCCCAGUCGAGGCAAGGAUGAAAACAACACCAUCCGCAUCACCAACUUGCCUGAAGAGACACAAGACAGUGACAUUCGCGAUCUGUUCAAAGAUUUCGGUCGAAUUACCCGAAUCUUCUUGGCAAAGGACAAGGCCACCGGCAACUCGAAGGGUUUCGCAUUCGUCAGCUUUGAGAUGCGCGAGAACGCGCAGAAAGCCAUCAAGGUGGUCAACGGUCAUGGUUACAACAAUUUGAUUCUCAGCGUCGAGUGGGCUCGCCCUUCAAACAACUAA